AUGUCGCUUCACCAAUACGUCAAUAAGAGAAUCCUCAUUCUCACCGUGGAUGGACGUACACUACUCGGUAACCUUCUUUCGACAGAUCAACUUACCAACCUGGUCCUGACUGAUACCGUGGAGCGCAUUAUUCGCACCCCCGAUGACGACGAGCCUUCCACGGAGGUUGAGCAUGGUCUCUAUUUGAUCAGAGGUGAUAACGUGGUGGUUUGCGGCGAGGUAGACGAGAAGAUUGACCGUGAUAUCGACUGGUCCAAGGUGAAGGGCGAAGUGAUUCGGGACACGAAGAAUGCAUGA